UUAUAAUGUUUCACCUUCGCUUUCAUGGAUACCGACGAAUUUGAUUUGGAUGAAUAGACAUACAAAAAAGAUAGGAAAUUGUCCGUUAACAUUUAAUUUUACUUGAAUCGUUUAUAUAAUCCUUUAUUGAAUGUCAAUAAACGAUUCGACUCUAAAUACGACGCACAAAAGACAAUGCAUCAGUUAUUUCCCUUGUGCCUGCUUGUAGUGGCGUCUGUUGCCUCCCCUGCCACCUACCAAAUGUCGGCGCUCGGUGACGACAUGAUCUUCUACAUCAAUCAUGUCUCCAACACUACCUGGAAGGCUGGCCGGAACUUCCAUCCGAAUGAACUCGAGCGGGUAAAGUCUUUGCUCGGAAUCGAUAUGGAGUCGAACAGGGCAUACAACAGAAUCCACUUGAAGUACAAGGAAAUCGAAGUAAGCGACGAUCUGCCCAAAGAGUUUGAUCCCAGGAAGAAAUGGCCCAAAUGUCAAAGUCUGAGUGAGGUCAGAGAUCAGUCUACCUGUGGAUCCUGCUGGGCCUUCGGUUCCGUGGAGGCUAUGACAGACAGAAUCUGCAUCGCAGGGGGCGGCGCCGUCCACCUUUCUGCCGAAGAUGUCAACAGCUGUUGCGAAUCCUGUGGGUUCGGAUGUCAGGGCGGGUACCCUACAGCAGCCUGGGCCUAUUAUGUCCAGAGUGGCGUGGUUACUGGUGGCCAGUACGGCAGCAAACAGGGCUGUCUGCCAUACUCCCUCGCACACUGUGACCAUCACGUCAAAGGCAAGUACCAGCCAUGUGGACCUGUGGUGCCCACCCCGAAAUGCACGAAACAAUGUGAAGCUGGCUACUCCAAGAGCUACGAUGAAGAUAAGCAUUUCGGUGAAUCCAGCUACGGAGUGAAAGGCGUUGAUCAGAUCGCCCAGGAUCUUGUAAGUAACGGACCUGUCACAGCUCUCUUUUACGUCUACGAAGAUUUCCUUUCUUACAAGUCUGGCGUUUACAAGCACACCACUGGUAAGUACCUGGGCGCUCACGCUGUCAAGAUCUUGGGCUACGGUGUGGAGAACGGACAGGACUACUGGCUGGUCACUAACUCCUGGAACGAGGACUGGGGAGAUAAGGGAUUCUUCAAGAUUGCGAAAGGUAGCGACGAGUGCGCAAUCGAAGAUAUGAUUGUAACUGGAAAUCCCAAGGUAUAGAUGACCCCCUUCAAGUAUGUUAUGAACAACCCAGUCAUUGCCAGCAGAAAUGUUGCCCACAACCCCUUACCUUGGUAAUGCAUUGGUGGGUUUUUGUUUGUUUUAAAUAAUGUCUAAAAGUGAAUAAAAACAUUUCCCAAUUCAUGAAA